AUGGGUAAGAUCUUUAAGCGAAUUGGACCAACAGUGAUCAAAAAAAGAGAGGAUGAACCCAAGCUCCAUGAGCCUCAGUUCAUGUACGAAAGGUGGCAAAAGUUUAUGCCACAUUUGCGUUUCUCUCACAUACCGCUCUACAAGAAGGUAUCGAUUUAUAAAAGAAUAGAACUCGUUCUUGAAAAAAACAUUGGUCCUCAUGUCUUUGUGAUUAUUGGCGAUUCCCUCUACAAGUGCCAGCUCUGGGUACUUCGCAGCUUCUCUAAACGUUUAAAGAACAAUAUCAAGCAAAACGACUACAUUAAGAUACCCGAGGAAGUGAUUGACAACGAGUUGUUUGAGAUAAUCUACGUCUGGAUGACCUCCAAUAAGGUAUAUUGUCCCUUGGGUAGGUUGUUGGAUCUUCUAAAUGCAGCAAAAUAUUUGAAGUGCAUGAACUUGGCUGAGGACAUCUUUCAGUGCCUUAACGAUCAUAGGUUUUUCAACGAACUAAUGGCAUUUAGGUGCUUUUUGGAGGCCAAACAAAGGGGCAUCACUCCAUUGGCUGAUUCCAUGCUGUACAGGGUGGACAAGAGCUUCUUGGUUCUGGUAGGUACGGAGGAGUAUCUUAAUCUGGAUAUCAAUGACCUUUGUAAACUGCUCAGUUCAAAUAGCUUGGCUGUGCAGACUGAGAUUGAGGUUUUUUAUUCAGCACUUUUAUGGCUGUAUUCGGAUUUUCAGAAGCGCAAACAGUAUAUUGGUUUAAUCUUAAAUCUAAUAAGAUUUACUAUAAUGCCACCUGAAUUUCUUUUUAAUUGGACGAAAAAUCUCCAGGAUCUGCGGCCAGAACUUGCUAAUCAUCUCUGUCACCAGUUCUAUAAUGCCAUGAUAGUCCAGCAGGAGACAUUUAUUGGUAGCUACACGUCAAAGUUUUAUGGAAACUUAAAUCGUAAUUGGAUGCGGGAUCCCAAAUGUCCUUACUAUAAGCAUCUUCAUAGGAAAUGCUACUCCGAAGUGACCGUAGAAGCAUUUCUUUAUUAUCUAACACUUAUUCAGAAAUCAUCGGAUGACUUUAUAGAUCGCUUGGAAAUCUUCGGAACUAUAUGCAAUGGUCAAAUAGUCUUUACUGGUUACGAUAAUGAGAAGUUGCCGUUGUACAAGUCCUGGGAAUCGAAUGGUGGUAAUGAAGAAACCAAUGAAGAUAAGUUCCUAGAUGACUUUGUAGAGUACAAGUCUUUGAAAUCGAAUUAUAAUAUUAGCCAAUUGGAACUUUCUGAUACUGAUACUGAAAUUGAGGAUUUAAAACCUCCAAGCCCGAAGGUGGCAGAAGUGGCUGCCAAAGAAAGCGUUCAGCGUGCUGCGGAUAACGAAGAUCCCUGGCAACCGAAUUUCGUAAAUGUUCAUGAAAACCAUUUCUUAACAAAAGUCACCACAAAAUUAAUAGAAAAUUUAAAUAAUGUUUUCAAAUGUGACUCCGACAUGGAUUCUGACUCGGACUCGGACUCCUCUAAGAGCUUUAUUAAAGAUGAUUCUUUAGAAUCCGGUAAGGAAAUCCCUGAAGAUAACGAUACAGAUUCCGAUAGAGAAACCAGUGCAGAUUCCUCUAAGUAUAGCUCAGACUCUUCUGACAGUAUCCCAACCGAAAACAUUAAGUCUAAAGAAUCAAAUAUAGAGGCCAAAUGA